AUGAAGCAUUUCAGGUCAAACUGUAAGGAAUUUGUUCUAGAUGAAUCAUUGGUUGCUGAUUGGAUUAAAAUGAUUGACAAUAACAAUGUUCUUGCUAAAUCUUUUAGAAGAGUUAGAGAUUUGUCACUACAAAAUAUGAAAUCAGAUUUCACCCUAAGACUAUUUAGAGGUAGAAAUAAAGACCCUAGAGUCUACAACACACCUUCAUGUGAUGAAAUAACUGCACUAAUAGUUGGUGAUUUUGACAAUUUGGAUGUAGGUAGAGAUAUAAUUGUUAAAAAAUGUUCUGGUGAAUUGAAAAGACUGCAUGAAACUCACACUGCUUUCAUUCCACUGCGAUAUCCUCUCAUGUUUCCAUAUGGAGAAGAUGGUUAUCAAGAAGAUAUUACAGUAAGAGAAUCUCAUUCAAGAAGUAAAUCAAGGUUUUUGGUUGAUUGCUAUACAAUGGUUGAAGCACAACGAUUGUCUUUCAUUAAAACUAAUCAGAAGUUAAUUCGUUGUGAUAUUCUUAAUGGAUUACAAGAGGCUGUUAAUAGAGGAGAGACAAAUCCUUCUUCAAUUGGAAGACAUAUUGUCUUGCCUGCUUCAUUCAUUGGUGGUACCAGAUACAUGUUCAACAAUUGUCAAGAUACUAUGGCUAUUUGUAAAAAAUUUGGAUAUCCUGAUUUGUUCAUUACUAUAACAUGCAAUGUGAAUUGGAGUGAAAUCAGAGAGUUUGUUUUGGCUAAAGGGUUAUCCGCUUCAGACAAACCUGAUAUUGUAUGUAGAGUCUUCAAAAUGAAGCUUGAUGAAAUGAUGACAUAUUUUACCAAGAAGGAUUUCUUUGGAAAAACCACUACAUAUUUGUACCCCAAAUUGGAAAAAGUUGUUUCAAGUUACAUGAUACAUGGGCCAUGCAGACCUGUAAAAUAUAAUUCUCUGUGCAUGAAGGAAGGUAGAUGUUCUAAAUUUUAUCCAAAAAAAUUCACAUCUUCAACUUCAAUUGAUGAAGAAGGAUAUCCUUCCUACAUAAGACUUGAUAAUGGUAGAUUUGUUGAGAAGAAUGGAAUUAAUCUUAACAAUAGAAGUGUUGUUCCUUACAAUCCACCUCUUCUAAUGAGGUAUCAAGCUCAUGUAAAUAUAGAGUAUUGCAACAAGACCAAUUCAAUCAAGUAUUUGUUCAAAUAUGUCAACAAAGGUCCUGAUAGAGUUACUCUUAAAAUAAGAAACAACUUUGUAGAAUCUAACAAAUCAAUCAUUAUUGAUGAGAUUAAGAGGUAUUACUAUUGUAGGUAUUUAUCACCAUGUGAAGCAGCUUGGCGAAUAUUUGCUUUUGACAUCCAUCACAGAUGGUCUCCUGUUCAGAGAUUGACAUUCCAUCCUCCUGGCCAACAAUCUGCUUUGUUUAAAGAUGAUGAUGAUAUUAAUGUGGUGUUCAAUAGAUACGAAAAGGCUAACACAAUGUUUCUAGCUUGUUUUAAGGCUAACAAAAUUUACACAGAAGGAAAAGAAUUGACUUAUUCUGAAUUUCCAAGCAAAUUUGUGUGGUUUGCUAAAGAAAAAGAAUGUGAACCAAGGAAGAAAGGCUACAACAUUGGUAGACUUAUUUAUAUUCCUCCUGGUUCUGGAUACCUUUAUUAUUUGAGGAUAUUACUGACCAUGCAAAAAUGUUGUAUUGAUUAUGACAGAAUAAAGACCAUUGAUGGUAAAUUUUAUGAAAUCUACCAAGAAGCUUGUUAUGCUUUGGGGUUGUUGGCUGACGACAAAGAAUAUAUUGAUGCAAUCAAAGAAGCAAGCGAAUUUUCUUCUGGCUAUCAACUUAGAAGAUUAUUUGUCACUUUGUUGUCCAUGAAUACAAUUUCUAAACCUGAUGUAGUUUGGAAUUCUACUUGGAGACUCUUAUGUGAUGGAAUUUUGUACCAAAAAAAGAAAGGAGAUGAACUUACCAGAUGUUUGAUAGAUUAUCCUUCAUUACCGCAACUUGAUAUUUCAGAUCUACAUACAUUCCAAAAUAGAUUUAUUGUUGAUCAGCUGCAAUAUAAUAAAGAAGACAUGGCCAAAGAACAUGACAUUUUAUUUAAAGCACUCAAUGAUGAACAAGUACGAGUGUAUAAGGAUAUCAUGACAGCAAUUCUUUCAAAAAAGGGAGGAUCCUUCUUUUUAUAUGGCUAUGGUGGUACAAGGAAAACAUUUAUGUGA